AUGACCGACUUGGCUAUACAGCUGUUACUUUCAACCCCCCUCACCUUCUCACCAGGACCCACUACUUCCAGUUCCAUCUCCUUUGAUUUGACACGAGCAGGGCGGAGUGUGGAUAUCCGAUGUUUUGGCACCUCUAGGGGCCUGGCCUGCCCUGCCAACACAACGAAUGGCGCCACGCCCCCCCAGCCACAGUUCUGUCCCUCCACUUCACUCAGCUCCCCUGUAUCGCUCACAGUCCGCCCAGCACCAAUUGUGAGUUUCUGUGAUGCUGUGGUCACCGUCCCUAACGACAACACACUGGAAUCUACAUUCGGUCUUGCUCUCAGGCUCGAUACCAGAUCACAUCACAAGGACCUUUUUCUCAAGUCUCAUGCACGGCCAACUCACAGGGCGGGGGCAACCAGUAUCUCAGCACUUCAUCUGCAGAUACCACUUCAACAGUGUUCUCCCAGAGUGUUGGGAAGGUCACCCUUCUCCCGGUCAUCAAUCCAGCCUACUUCCAGCUCAUUCAAGGGUAUGCUGACGCUAGAUGCGGGUGUAUCAGCUGACAAUGGCAUCAGUUUUGAGUGUCAGGCUGUUGUCGCAGACAGCAUGACCCAAGCCCUUCAGCUGAUUCAAACACCUCUGUGCAACUUCACAACAGCGAACGCCACAACCACGCCUGUAGCAACAUCACCACCAACGACUACGCCAGCAACAAGUCCUCCAACCACUGACAACUCCACCACCGACCCAAAUGCAACUACAACAACACCAUCGACGCCAACUACUACACCCAUCCCUGUAGACCUGUCAUCACCAUGGAAACCAGACGAACCCUCAUUCACCUUUACAAAUAGAGGUCAGACAUACAAGACAGUGACUGUCCGACGUGAGCGGGCGGUUAUCGCCCCGGUAACCGAGUUAGUUGUACUGACCUGUUGUGUGAGGGACAGUACACCCAAGUACACGGGGAUGGCCGCCGCUAUGCUGACUGCAAACGACCUCAGCCCUGACUUCUGCUCCAACUGCACCGGGGGACCAUCGUCGGGCAGUGUGGGAUCGGAGAGGGUUAUACAGAACCCCAGCUUUGUGGAGGUGGCACCAUGUCCCUGUGACCUGACCUACUCCGUCUGUGACAUCAACUGCUGCUGCGAUGCGGACUGCACAGCUGACAAGCGAAACACAUUCAGCUACUGUCUGCCCGGUCCAUACGGAGGCCAAGGCUCUGUGACACCAUUUCGCAGCUGUUACUCUAACCACACCUUGAAAGAAGACUGGUUCCCGAUGAUGUGUGUGGAGUUUGAGACUAAUGCCCUCCUAGGGCUGUUCUAUGGCAACACAGCAGCAGUGAAGACAGACACAGCCUUCAACACCCGGCUGUCAGAGCAGACGGCAACAUACUCCUACAGGGAGACAGAGCGUCGAUUCACUGACCCUAAUUCGGGUCUGGUUGGGUACAAGGAAGGUGCCAAUAUCCGGACCAGAAGGGGGGACCUUCCCUCCUCCCCCAGAGGUGUGCUAACCCUUCCAGCAAGGUCCAUGGGAGGGGCAUGCCUCAACGUCGUGCCAGUCCGUUUCCAGCAGGACAGAUCAUCUGACUGCGUGCACAACAACGUCCGCAGCAUGUGCACAGCAGACUCCAUGCUCAGUGCCAGGAUGUACGCAGAGAUGACAUCAACGACUCACCCUCCCUGUCCAGAGGCAUAUCGAAUUCUUGAGACCUAUGGUGGAACAAUUGCCAAUACAUAUGUCAGUUAUUACUGUGAUGUUAACGAUGCGAGCUAUGUAAAAUCAUCUGUAAAAUACAGCGAUUUGGUCAGUCCAACAGUGUCAUGGACAUUUCAACAAGAAUUGAACACAGAAAACUGUAGCUUGCCGUGUAGUGAACCCGCUUGCCUACAGUACAAUCAAGAUCAGGAGAAUGUGAAGUCACUUCCUCCACGUUGCCCAUGGGAUGAUGGUUAUACUCGACCACUAGUUCCGUCGCUUGUAGCAAAUGUUUGCAACAAUGUAGUAGUGGAUGUUCGCUACAGUUUCACCUGGUCUGGUCAGCGUAUCAUUAAUUUGAAUGCCACAGUGAUUUUAGCACCGAUUGCGUUAGGUGUCAACCCACCAAGUCUGACUCAGAGUUUUGAUGUGAAAUUUAAGCAUGAAAUGGCCAUCCAGAGUGACAGCUCUGACAACUACGAAAACCAAACAGGGGCCUUUGACCGAUCUGGAAAACCAGGAUAUGACUAUGGUAAACCGUUAAUCAGUGGGUGUCCUGUCAAUGAUGCCUCGUCCAGCCUUCUGUAUGUCGAUCGGAACACCAGCCGACAGAUGUCCGUGUUUCAGACAGGUGUCGAUGGCCUGUGCCAAUCAGCAACGCGACGACCCCUGACCUUUGGCGAGGACAUACUGACUAGCUGUGACCUGAGACUCAACAUUGACCGAAUCAACAACUGCACAGACCUCAAACAACUGGUCCUGAAUCAUCUCAGUGUCUUGAUGCCGUCAGAUCUGAUUGGUCGUCAAGGUUACAAUGACCCUUUUGAUUCAACUAUGUGGGUGACAGUUCUCAGAGACCUGCCCAUCCUCAAUGAGACAACAGUUGACAACAGCACAGUGCCGGACAACACCACCGAUGACGUGUACAUGCCAGUAGACAACUUGAGAGGGGUCUGUGCCAACAUCACCAGUGGCGUGAAUCUAGUUGUUCUAUAUGGAGAAACUGGACAGGUCAAUGGCUACUCAAUCAGGGAGGUGGUCGGAGCUCGAGUCAGCUACACCAAGUCACACUGGAGGAUGCAGUGCAGUGGAGCGAACUCAGCCCGCUGUCAGGACAGUAGUCAGUACGUGCAGACCUUCACCCUGACCAGCUCCGUCACCUUCGUCAAGGUCCCAGCCUCGGUGCCAGAACCGAGAAUCAAAUUCUAUACUUCCAAAGAUCCAUCCUGCACUACUGACACAUGUGCCCGAUAUUACGAAGACUUUGAACAGACUGUGUGUAAAUAUGAUGCAUGUUGGCGAGAGCUGUUGUACCCUAUCACCAAGAGCUAUGGAGCCGACCCACCCAUGUACACACUUGCCUUCUCACUAGUGGCUGUCUUCUUCAUCACUGGCUACUUCAUGAUUACCCGCCCUUGGUUCUGAUUUUGAGGGAGAAUGUCACACUUUUUUCAUAAAUUAUUUAUUAUCCGUCCAUGUCUUUGGUGUUCACCAUGCCAGUUCAAAAUGUUCGUAAUUUUUGUCAAUUAUUUGAGAUUCCAUAAAGUAUAUAUAUAGAGAGAGAGAUCUUAGUUUUCAAGAGGUUGUGUUGAGUUGUCACACUCACAGUUGAAGAAAAAUGUAUGUAUUGUAUAUUGCUGUUUUUGUAUUUCAUUGCAUCAGUCAUUGUAGCUAUAUCAUCUCUUUGUAAUAAAUUAUUGUAUUUUUAUA